AUGAAUUCUUUCAAUCAUCCGUCAAACCUCAAUGUGGAGCCAUCUCAAGGACCAUCAGAAUCGCAAAAAUUGUUUCGUAGACGUUCUGGUGAUAAAAUUGAGCUACGUUCACUACAAGAUGUAAAGACAUUUGGAUUAGCUGGAAAGGUCUGGGACAGCACAUAUGCACUAGAUCUCUACCUCUGUCUACCACCCGAUCAUUUUGCCUUUGACCCACCAUGUCCUAUACCCUCCUAUCUCUUUCACCAUGAUGCGAGAACACAAUAUCAUUCAUCUCAUUACACAAUUUUGGAACUAGGAUCGGGAACAGGCUAUCUUGGUAUUACUCUUGCCUCAAGAUUGGUUCCUCCCUUCACGCUAAUUCUUACAGAUCUACCGGACGUCCUCCCUCUUCUCAAUCGCAAUGUAUCAAACAAUUCUCGGGCAAAUACAGAUCAUAUUAUAGUCGCACCUCUUGAAUGGGGCAAUUCGGCACAUUCCGAGUGCAUAAAUUCAAAGCACAGAAUAGAUCUUGUUAUAGCUUCAGAUCUUGUAUAUUUUCCAGAAUUAUUCGAUCCACUCAUAAAAACUUUAUUAGAGAUAUGCGGCGAAGAAACAAUCGUUGUUUUCGGGUAUAAAGUUCGGGCUCAAUGGAAAGAAGAGGCUUUUUGGGAGCAAGUGGGAAGAUUUUUUUAUUUGAAGGCUGUCAGAGUUAAUACAAAGGCACGGACAGGUAUAUGUAAUACCGUACGCGAAGGAACUACAAAGGUUGAUGAGAGAGAGAAUGUUGUGGAAGAAAAUGAGGCGAACUUUAGGAUAUUUGGCGAAGAAGAUGGCAUAUUUAUAUUUAUAGGAAGAAAAAGGGCAAAGGAGAAAUACAAAAGAGGUGUUGAUGAUACAUUUGCUACAAUACAAUUGUUGCAAAUAGAUUUAUUAUAG